UCAUGUCAGAGGAUCAAAACAGAAUGACAACCAUAGAGGUGGACACUGCUUUUCUCAAAUCCAAGAGGGGGAUCCUGAAAGUAGCAGAGAUGGUGACUCUGUUUGUGGCAUUAGUGUGUUUCGCUGCAGCAUCUAGACCAAAGUACAGUAUUACAGCCACAGUGUUGGAGUUUGUGAUCACUUCACUUCUGCUGUUGCUGUACGUGUUCAAACUCAACAAAAGGCUGACCUUCUUCUUUUGGCCUCUCAUUGAUGUUUUUAAUUCAGCGUUUGCAGCAGUCUACUUUAUUGUAUUGAGCCUGCUGGCGUUGACUACAUACACUGUCACAGGCACACUGGUUGGAGGGAUAGUUGGUUUAUUAUCAGCUGGGCUGCUGUGUGUGGACUGCUUCAUGCUUUUCAAGAACAUCACAUUCAACAAGCCGAGAAGCGAAAUUCAGAGGCAAGACAACCAAUGAAUGAAUAAAUGACAGUAAAGUAAUACAGUAUGCUAUGUGAGCAUUAACAAGUUCAAAGCUUCUACUCAUUACUUUCACAUUUACUUCAUGAUUCAAAGCUUGUACCAGGUUUCAGCAUAUUAUGAUUCCAGUUGUAAUAAUUCAAAUUGAUAAUGCGACUUGUUUCUGAAAGAUGCUUUUCAAUAUAUUUUAAUUGACACAAAUGUAAUGGAAUAUCAAUAUCAAUAAAC